AUGCCAAAGCACGAGUUCUCUGUGGACAUGACCUGUGAAGGCUGCUCUAAUGCAGUCACUCAGGUUCUCAAUGAGCUGGGAGGAGUUCAGUUUGACAUUGACCUGCCCAACAAGAAGGUCUGCAUCAACUCUGAGCACAGCGUGGACACUCUGCUGGAGACCCUGGGGAAAACAGGAAAGGCUGUUUCCUACCGUGGCUACAAGUAG